AUGAACUAUGUCGACCUGCCCCGAAAACCCUCCAACGCAGAAUUGCAAGCCAUUCAAGCCAGAUGCAACGACAUUGUUCGCUCGAGCCUGCCCAUCACUGUUGAAAUACCAGAUGAUGCAAAGGUUCACAAAAUGCCAGAAGACUACGAUCAGACCAAGGGGGUUGUGCGAACCUCUCACAUUUCGCUCAUUCUCAUCCAUCACGGCGAGCCAGUCCACGGCAAGAACUUUCGUCUCUACUUCUCCGUUGGAGACCGAGCCAUCAACCUGGCAACAGCGUCCAUCGGCGCCAUGGGGACCAUCUCAAGAUUGCUUUCGAGCAAGAACACUGCGGAUGAGGUAGUCCAGAGCGUCAAGACUGUACAGAGCUCAGCUUCGGAUUUGAAGAAAAGAGAGAAGAAAUUGCUCUCCGAUAUUGCUGAGUUUGAAGCAGAAUCUGCCAAAGCCAAGUUGCAGACCAACAAGAGUGUGUGGGUUCAUCGCGCUGACGGCAAUGCGGACUUUGUGAAAUGGGUUACAGUCAAUGUAAAAGACGCUGUCACGGCGUGUGGCGGGGUCGUUAUUGUGGCUACCGGCGAGGAGAAGAAGAGCGGCCAGCUUGUGGUUCUCGGGGAGAAGGGUAGAGUUGAAGCGAUGGUUACGAAGGUCAAAGACAUCGUAACAGGAGUCAAGGGAGGUGGCGCUGGGGACAAGUGGCAGGGCAAGGUUACUGUAUGGGAGAAGGACGCCUUGGAGGCACUCAAGAAGCUCGUGGAAGGUUCCAAUGCUUGA